AGAGAUGCUUCCCCUUGCAUGUUGUUUUCAAAUGAAUUAAGUGUUAAGGUGAAGUCAAGGAUAAAUGGACUUAUAAGACAAACAACUACCUUAUAUGGCUUAGUCCAACUCCGUGGAGAAUCAGAUUCCAAAACAAGUAGACAAUAAAUAUAAAUAUUAUGUUGAUCCAUGACCAUGAUCAUGUUCACGAUCAAAUUCAUAUUCUAUAACUCCCUCAAACUCAUUUUCAAUUGCCUUUAGGCUUGUCCAAAAUAAGAACCAAUCGUGGGUUCCGUCAAUUCCCACCCCAUGACAGAAAAGUAUUGCUGCAUGAUCAUGAGAAUCAACGUUGACUGCAAUGCUUGUUGCAGAAAAUUAAGGAGAAUCAUUCUAAGGAUGAAAGUGAUAGAGAACCAUUUGAUAGAGAAGCAGCAACGCAGGGUAUGCGUGUUUGGCAGAUUUGAACCAGCCGAUGUUGCAAUAAAGAUAAAAAAGAAGAUGAACCGUAGAGUUGAGAUCCUUGAAGUUCAAGAAAUGGAAGGUGAAGUUCAAAAUGAAGGAGAAUAGAAACCAGAUAGAAGAGAGAACACAGAACCAUGCCAUGCAUGGCAAUGGCAUAGUGUAUAUAACAUGUUACUUGUAACAGUGGUUCUGGUUACCAACAAGCUGGGAAAUUGAAGUUGCUUAUUGCGGGAGAAAUACACUUUAGGGACGGGUACCUCCUUAUCACGGUAGAAACAAUGAAGAAAGUCCAAAUUUCGGAUUCAAAGGAUUAGGUUUAAGUAACUACUAACUUACUAUUGUUUUUUAACGGUUUGAAUAAGCUGAGAUUAAUGAUAAAAUUUAGGGAUUAAAAACAAGAGUUGAAAGAUUAUUAUUAAAAAUUCAGUGGUAAAAAGUAUGAGAGUUGUGACUUAUUACUCCAAUU